CGCAGUCCCGGGAGCGAUGGCAGCCGGUGGCGGUCUGAGCCGCUCGGAGCGCAAGGCGGCUGAGCGGGUCCGGAGGCUGCGAGAGGAGCAGCAGCGGGAGCGCCUCCGCCAGGUGUCACGCAUUCUGAGGAAGGCGGCUGCAGAGCGCAGCGCGGAGGAGGGCCGGCUUCUGGCCGAGAGCGAGGAUCUGGUGACCGAGCUGCAGGGUCGGAGCCGGCGGCGUGAGGGCCUCAAGCGGCGCCAAGAGGAGGUGUGUGAUGACCCAGAGGAACUGCGGAGGAAGGUCCGCGAACUGGCGGGAGCUGUCCGGAAUGCCAAACACUUGGUGGUCUACACAGGCGCUGGGAUCAGCACGGCAGCUUCUAUCCCAGAUUAUCGGGGCCCUAAUGGGGUAUGGACACUGCUUCAGAAAGGAAGAAGUGUGAGUGCUGCUGACCUAAGUGAAGCAGAGCCUACUCUCACCCACAUGAGCAUCACCCGUUUGCAUGAGCAAAGGCUGGUGCAGCAUGUGGUGUCUCAGAACUGUGAUGGGCUCCAUCUGCGCAGCGGGCUGCCACGGACUGCCAUCUCAGAGCUCCAUGGGAAUAUGUAUAUAGAAGUCUGCACUUCCUGCAUCCCUAAUAGAGAAUAUGUACGAGUGUUUGAUGUGACAGAGCGUACUGCCCUUCACCGACACCAGACUGGCCGGACCUGCCAUAAGUGUGGGACUCAGCUGCGGGACACCAUUGUGCACUUUGGGGAGAGGGGGACAUUAGGGCAGCCUCUGAACUGGGAGGCGGCGACCGAGGCUGCUAGUAAAGCAGACACGAUCCUGUGUUUAGGGUCCAGCUUGAAGGUACUAAAGAAGUAUCCUCGCCUCUGGUGCAUGACGAAGCCUCCAAGCCGGCGGCCCAAACUCUACAUUGUGAACUUGCAGUGGACCCCAAAGGAUGACUGGGCUGCUUUGAAGCUUCAUGGGAAAUGCGAUGAUGUAAUGCAGCUCCUCAUGGAUGAACUGGACCUGGAGAUCCCUGUCUACAACCGGUGGCAAGACCCCAUUUUCUCCUUGGCAACUCCCCUCCGUGCUGGUGAAGAAGGCAGCCAUAGCAGGAAGUCGCUGUGCAGAAGCAGAGAAGAAGCCACACCUGGGGACCAGAGCGCCCCGCUCAGCUCGGCUCCCCCCAUCCUAGGAGGCUGGUUUGGCAGGGGCUGUGCCAAACGUGCAAAAAGGAAGAAAGCGGCAUAGCCAGGCGCUGGCAGAACAGUUGGCACUUUGCAGACGGCUUUGAGUCUUGUUCAGGGGCCUGUGUCACCGUGAAGGCUGCAGUGCCCCACAGGACCUAGUAGGAAGAACUCUUGCGGGUGACACUUCACGGUGUCGUUUUCUUAGCCAUUUGCCCUUGUGGGAAACCUCCCUUGCACUGUUGUGGUUGCCCCAAAUGGGCUUGACUUUCAAGGACAUCCCUCCCAUCCACCCCUGUACAAAGGUGGCAGCAAGGUCUUUGUGGAAACAGAGCUCCGGUCUCUCCCAGCCUGGCCAGCAGAGGAGCCCACCACUGCCUUACCUCACUCUCCAGGCUAGUCUCAGGGCCUCCCUAUUUCUACUACUUAACUACUAAAAGUGUUCACUUUAUAGAAACCUUUUUCUGUGUUGAGUAUGCGGCACAGGGGCGGAUCUAAGCCUCCAGUCUGAGCAAGUCUUAUUAAACAUCUCUCUACUGC